UAAUUAGAGAUUUACGGCCCUAAGUAUGAAAAUUGAGAUUUGUUAUUUCUUCUCCCCAAAUUAGAAUUCUAACCUAUUUCAUUAUAAUUUUUAUACUUUCAAAAGUUGAAGAUUACGGUUCCAAAAAUCAGAGAUAUUGCAUGUGCAGAUUCUUGCGAGAUUCGCGCAAUCCGUUUCUCCAUUCAGUCAUCCGUUUCCAUUUAUUUCAAACUUCCCAUUUUCAGUUGUUUUUCAUAUUUUGAAUUCGGAAUGGUGUCAACUAGGUCAGCUUCCAAAAAUUCACCCCCUCAAAAAAUGAAGAAAUCAACAUCUAGUCCGAGUUCUAGCAAAAGAAAAAUUGAGUUUAAUGCAAUUCCGGCGACAAUGAAGAAUCGUCGAAAGGCUGUGCGUGAAGAUGACGACAGUGACUUCGAGGAUUUUGAUAUCCCUCCGAAGAAGAUGGAUAGGCCUGUUUCAUAUGCGGGUUUGCCUAAAAAGCAUUGGGAUCAUUUCAUACAACCUUCGGACCAUUUUCCUAUUAAGGUUACCCAUCUGAUCAAACCAAGAUGUAUAGCGAGUUUUUGUUAUUCAAGACCUACGUUGAGAAGCAGUUUUUUGAAGUUUUAAGUGUAUUGUCUGAUUUGAAGAGUGUUGUGUGUGUGAAUGAUCAUCACGAUCAUAUGACGGAGGAUGUUGCUGGAGAUGUUUCAUCCUCAGAAGCUACCGAAAGUAUGCUAUCCAAGAAAUCUGAUGACGGAGACCAUGAUGCUGUGGAGACACCUAAAGAUGUUUUUGAAUCUGGUACACCAAAGGAGGAUCUUUGUUUACCGCUGCAGCUGUUAGUGAGUCACAAAUUCAAAUUGUUUGGUGAUGAAGGAAGUUUUUGAUUUGUAAUUGUUAUGAUCAGGUUUUCAGUUGGUUAACCAAUAAUAAGAUGAAAAAAUGCUUAUGAGAAUAGAAAUGUUUAUGAGAAUAGAACGUUAAUGUGUGUUUAUGAGAAUAAAAAUGCUUAUGAUAAUGUCUGUUGAUUUCUGGUGAUUCAAUCUCUCUCGAUCCCUUUCAUUUUUUUCUCGCUCUUUGAUUUUGUUAAUUAACAUGGAAAUUGAUUUGCAGUGACUAUGGUGGAAAUUGAUUUGCAACUGCUGGUUUGAUUUUUUAGUCCGCACAGCCUGCACUCUUGGUGUUUGAAGAAAUGCUUAUGAGAAUAAAACGGUUAUGUAUGUAAUGUUUUAGGUGUUGGUUAACCAAUGGUUAAUAUUGGGUAAACCGUUGGUUAACUUGUAAUAAUUAUGGACAGAUGAAGAUUGAUAUAAACAUUGACAGCGACGAGGAGCUUGAACCAAAACCAAAAUUGAAGACUGGUAGAUUGAAGAAAAACUUUGAAUAGAUUGUAAUAUAGUUGUUACUUUAGAUGUUUUUGAAAUUUUUGUUUGUGUUUCAAACACACUUGGAUAGUUUGUGGAACACAUUUUGGUACUAGUUGGUACACUCCAGUUUUUGGUACAUAUUUGGUUUCUAUUUUGGAUAACA